GUCGCCUUAGCUCGUCAGCCGAUUACACAUUCCUCCAGAUCAUCAAUACCCUGAUAACCCUCCAACUUGUCACACCCCAAAGACAACAAUGCGCUCUUGCCCUCUGCUGAUCACUGGGCUAACUCUCAUCGUUUGGAGAACUCAGGCGAAGAUUUUGACCCAGUGCGAGGCCGCUGAGGCACUCAUCAAAGGUAACAUCUCUAGGACAUUCAUCAGCAAUUUCGUCUGUGUCAUGCAGAACGAGAGUGGACUCGAUACCCGGAAAAUAACUGGUCCCAAGGCCCAGUCCAGCUUCUCCUACGGUGUCUUCCAGAUCAACAGUGCAAAGUGGUGUACCAGGGGUCGAGUGGGUGGAAUUUGCAACCAGAAAUGUGAGAACUUUGCUGAUGACGAUAUCCAGGACGACGUCAAGUGUGCGAAAAAAAUUCAAGAAAUGGAGGGGUUCAAGCAUUGGGAGGGCUGGAUGAAGAAGUGCAAGAAUAAACCCCUUCCCAACAUCUCUGGCUGCAAACGACGCAAGCGAUCAGUAGGAGAAUCUGCUCCAGGAAAAGUUUCCUGUGCUAAUUAAUAGCGGAAUAAUAACCGCAAAGUUUUUACAUCAUCGUAAGAUUAUUUGAAACAGAGAUAUUUUUUGUUGUUUCAAAUUGUUGUUUAUAAGAAGCGUAUACCAAAAAAUGGCCCUUCUGAUGACAUCAGGCAACGUGAGUGAGGAAAUAAAAAUAGUUGCUUUGCUCACUUUUGCCAACUUGCUGGGACAGGAUGCAAGAUUAUCUUUAUCUUCAGACAGAGGAUCUUCCCGACUCUGUCAUAAUUUCGGAUUGUGAAUAAAAGUGAAAGCGUCCGUGAGAUCGGAGGGGCUGGCGUAACUGUUCUUCCUUGUAGAGUAUCCUUAGAAAUUUUCAUCAAAUCCUGAGAAAUAUUACGUUUACAGUAAUUUUCAGAUACGUAAUAUAAAUUUGUAAUAAGAUGAGAAAUCGUUUACUCUUGCCACUUUUAUAAAUGGUAUUUAAUGAGAAAUUUUAAUUAUGGGCACUUAUGUCUAGAAGAGAACAUUUAAAUUGUGAAUUUUUCUUUAUUAAUAAAAGCAACAAUACUAU